GUCACAACUCCAUAGUUCAUAAUAAGGUAGUAAGGAUAUGAAAUCAUUAAGAGUUAUUCUUUCAGCUUUUUCUUACUUGACUUUGAUUUUACUUUUGAUUUUAGGUUCCUUCUACUCGAAGUCGCGUACGAAUUCAAGAAUCUAGAACAUUGUCGCCAAAUUUCGACUUAUAUACCUACAUCAUGUCGCCAACCCCUUCAGUAGACUCAAGUUCAUUCAAAAGCAUCUCAGAUGUUGAAAGCGACUUUCAAAGUAGCUAUAACAGAACAACCACAGCAAUCACAACAGGAUGGAUAGUUGGCAUCGUCUUCAUAGCCCUAUCCGUUAUAAUCGGCUUAAUCCUGCUCCUCUGGAUGUACAACCGAAAUAGCAGGAGACGGCAAGAAAGAAUGGCACAGCUCAACGCAGACCCGAAUCAUAACGGAAACCAGAUACCUGGGAUACCCGGGAUACCUCCGCAAGCUAUGUCAAGUCCGCAAGCUAUAUCAAGUCCGUCAGCCUACGGACAACCUAGCGAACGUGCCAGCCCGUAUGCGCCGCCAAGAUCCGAAGCUCCAGAUACGCCAAUGCCACCUCGCGAGGUACCAAACAACGAAGCUCCGCGCAAACCGUAUGAAGCAGAUUCAAUUCCGCGGAGCGAGCUCCCCGUCUGA